AUCAGCUGUUGAUUAAUGUCAACUUCGGGAAACAUUUUGUUUGCAUCGUCUUGUUUAUGGGAAGAAGCGAAGCAUGAGUAAUAUUUAUAUACAGGAGCCUCCUACCUCUGGGAAGGUUCUCCUAAAAACUUCGGUUGGUGACAUCGACAUCGAACUUUGGGCUCGAGAAUGUCCAAAGGCUUGCAGGAACUUCAUCCAGUUAUGCAUGGAAGGAUACUACAAUGGAACAAUAUUUCAUCGGAUAGUCAAAGGGUUCAUUGCACAAGGCGGAGACCCAAAUGGCGACGGAAGUGGCGGUGAAUCAAUUUACGGAGAACCUUUCAAAGAUGAAUUCCAUUCACGUCUACGGUUUAGCAGGCGUGGUUUGGUGGCCAUGGCUAAUUCCAGUGAAGACGACAAUGGGUCGCAAUUCUUUUUCACGAUGGGUCCUACGCCAGAAUUGCAAAACAAGCACACACUUUUCGGUAAGGUGACCGGCGACACCCUCUAUAAUAUGCUUAAAUUGGAAGAUGGACUCGUUGAUCACAAUGAACGGCCGCUCUACCCUCCGAAGAUAAUCAAGGCUGAAAUACUUAGUAACCCAUUCAGCGACAUUGUGCCACGAGUUUUGAAGAAAGAGGAGAAAAAGGCGAAGAAGAAAGUCAAGGAAAAGGGAGUCAAAAACUUUGGAUUGCUAUCUUUCGGGGAGGAAGCUGAAGAAGACGAAGAUCAAACAAAUGACUUUGUAAAGAAAAACGCUGGUAAAGCAAAGUCCACUCAUGAUGUUCUUGACGAUCCCAAGCUGAGUAAGGAGACGGGUGAUUUAAAAAAGAGAACUGAAUCUGACAUUGAAAAGUACGAUAAGUCUUCAGAAGAUGAGGAAAAUGUCCAAGAGACUGCUGCUCGCAUUAAAGAUAAAUUAAGCUCGAAAAAAACAUCCAAAGAUGACAAGACUAAGAAAAAGGACGCAAAGAAGGAAGGCGAAUCAGAUGAGGAUGAUGAUGAUUAUUUCAAGACAAUUGAGCAAGAGAAAAAAGAAAAACAGAAGAAAAAGGCGGAAGAAAUUCGACAAGAAAUCGUCUCGCUAAAGAAACAAUAUAAACAAGAACGAAAGGCUAAAGACGACUUAAUCGACAAACAAUUAGAGAAAGAUGUGAAAAAAGAAACAUCAAAUGAAAUAUUAAAAGAAUACUUGAAUGAGAAGGACAAAUACGCGCAUUUGAAAAAAACUGUUCCAAAGAAGGGAUCAGCCAGGGAAGAGUUUACACUUCAAUUACUCUCUAAGUUUCGUAAUAAGCUCGAUUCACUCAAGGAGAAAACGACAGAGAAAAAUGAAGAAGACGACGAUAAAAUGAUUGAAGAGGAUAUCAAAACCGACGAUUGGUUAUCUCAUAAACUUAAUUUUGAAGACACUAGGGUGCCCGUUCUUGCAAAAGAUGCGUCUACGAAAUCUGAUGAUUGGUACGAUGUCUUCGAUCCCAGAAACCCAUUGAAUAAACGCAAGCGGGGAGAGGCAAGGUCUACCGAUAAAGAUAUAAAAAAGAGUAAAGUGUAAUAAAGGCUCAU